UUUUUUUGAAAUGUUAUAUUCCAACUAAAGUAGUAUCAUCGUGAUGCUCAUCAAACAAACAAACAAACACUAUCCAUGGCAUGUAUCAAACCUUUGCAUUUGCUUAAACCAGCAAGAGUUGUGACUGAUUCUUUCUUCUUCAAUUUCACUAAAAAUGGUAUUUCCUCAUUCCCACUGGCAAUUAAGCCUAAGCAUUCGACAGCUCAGCGAAGUUACUCUGUGAAAUCGAGUGCUUUAGAGCCUCCUGAUAUUCCUCGUUUGGCUGAAAAAGCUCGGAUUUCGCUAACCCUUCAAGAAGUUGAAGAAUUCGCUCCCAAAAUUCGACAAGUUAUAGAUUGGUUUGGACAACUUCAAGCUGUCGAUCUGGAGAGUAUCGAACCAGCUAUAAGGGCAGAUACUGAGGGAGAUAAUUUGCGCGACGACAUACCUGAAAAGUUUGAGAAUAGGGAAGCAUUGAUUUCUGCUGUGCCAAGCUUUGAGGAGCCUUACAUCAAAGUUCCCAAAGUGUUGAAUAAGGAGUGACAUUAUUUAGGUCAUUUCGUUUCACUUCCAGGGGAAGACCAUAAUUUUAUAUAUUUUGAUCAGUAGAUGGAAGACCAGACAUCAUCCCUCCAAAAUCUUUUUCAAGAUGUAUCUUGAUGCAACAUGUAACACAGCUAUGCUUCUGCUGCCUGUUAGUUAUCUGUAUUCAUUUUUCCUAUUACUCAUCUAAAGGUUUCUAAGUAUCUGAAUUGGUGUUCUUGACA